CUCUGGUCGAGCAUGCGCUGGAGCUACGUCAGCGCGAUCGCCGCGCUUCUCUUCGUCCACGUGGUCGACCCGAUCGCGGCCAAGGGCUCGGGUGUCGCGCACUUUGCGAGUGCCGCCAGCUUGCAGCAGUAUGCGUCCAUUGGCGGUCACAUGCGCCUGACGAUCCAAGAAGACGACGACAGCGAGGUCGGGGACCAAGACCACGAUGGACACGUCAUCAAGGAAGCUGGUGAGAGCGAAGAGGACAAGAAGAAGCGCAAGCUCAAGCGAUGCAGCGGGUUCAUGCCGGCGGCGCAUUGCCCGCGCAUCUGCAAGUCGUCGCGCACCGAGGACGGCUGCGAAGACUGCUCGACGUGCAACAAUCACAAGUUUAUGCCUCAAACGCAAUGCCUCCGCACCAACACGUGCACCAAGUACCGCUUCAUGCCCAUCGCCAAGUGCGCGGCCGACAAGAAGAACGAUGGCUACAAGACGCUUGCGCCGAGUGGCUACCCGACGCCGGCCCCGAGCACGUACCCGACCCCCGAACCGUCGCACCCGUCAUCUGCGCCAACGACGAAGGCACCGACGCCGGCACCGACGCCGGCGCCGUCGCAUCCGUCAGUUGUCCCCGCGACGCCCGCCCCGUCCAAGCCAAGCGCCAACGGUGGCACCGGUACGAACGGCGGCACCAACGGCGGCACUAACGCUGGCACUGCAGGCAACAACGGUGGCAACAACAACAACGGCGGCACCAACGGUGGCACCGGCAACAACGGUGGUAACAACAACGGCGGCACCAACGGCGGCACCGGGACCAACAACGGUGGCAACAACAACAACGGCGGCAAGAACGGCGGUACGACAGGAACCAACGGCAAGGACGGCACGACAGGUACCAACACGAACGGCGCCAACAACAACAAUGGUGGUACCGGCACGGCCAACAACUCGUCGGGCUCGUCAUCGUCGAGCAUCUCGGGCGGAGCGAUUGCAGGCAUUGUGAUUGGCUGCGCAGCCUGCGCCGGUGCUGUCGGGUUCUUCAUCUGGAAGAAGAAGAAGGACCAGAGCCGCGAACAAGAAAUCUUUGGUGACGCGCACCAGGACGCCGAGAGCGGCGGCGGCGACUACGCGGCCAUGUAAUCUCUUGCGAGAUACCCGCACCAACCACCGUAACACACAAAACAACCCAGUCUUUGAUGUUCA